ACAUGAGACAACGUGUAGGAUCAAUGAUUGUCCAACACCACAACCUAAGUCUCGACGCUUGUCUUAUUACUAUCUCUUCUCACUCUCUGCACUAUCGGAAUCUAAAAAUUAAUCAUCAAAUCUAUAAAAGCUAAACAAAACCCAAAGUCGAUCAACAGAUACAAAAUGGAAGGAAUUGAACACCAAAAUGUGUUAGUAAACGGUAUUAACAUGCAUGUAGCAGAGAAAGGAAACAAGGAACACCCAGCAAUUUUGUUUCUUCAUGGAUUUCCUGAACUUUGGUAUUCAUGGCGUCAUCAAAUUCUCUCAUUAUCUUCUCGCGGUUAUAGAUGUAUAGCUCCUGAUCUUAGAGGUUAUGGUGAUACUGAUGCACCUACUUCUAUACAAAGUUACUCAGUUCUUCAUAUAGUUGGCGACCUUGUGUCUCUUAUUAACACUCUUGGUUUAGAUCAGGUGUUUGUUGUUGGACAUGAUUGGGGAGCUUUGAUUGCAUGGUAUUUUUGUUUGUUGAGACCAGACAGAGUUAAAGCUUUGGUGAAUACCAGUGUUGCUUUUCCAAGAAGAGCAGCAAACAAACCAACUGAGAGAUUAAGAGCUGCUUUUGGGGAUGACUACUAUAUAUGCAGAUUUCAGGAACCUGGAGUUGCAGAAGCAGAAUUUGCUCGUUCUACCACAAGGAAUCUAAUUACGAAAUUUUUUGCAAUGCGUACACCAGGACCACUAUGUGUACCUAAAGAGAUUGGGUUUGGAGGUUCACCAAAUAAACCAGCUACCUUGCCAUCUUGGUUGACAGAAGAAGAUGUCGCUUACUAUGCCAGCAAAUUCGACCUUAAAGGCUUCACAGGAGGAUUGAAUUACUACCGCGCUCUGGAUUUGAGCUGGGAGCUAACUGCACCAUGGUGUAAUGCAGAAGUGAAAGUGCCAGUGAAGUUCAUCGUUGGGAAUGAAGACGUGACCUAUACAACACCAGGGGCAAAGGAAUACAUACAUGGUGGCGAGUUCAAGAAAGAUGUUCCUUUCUUGCAGGAAGUAGUUGUACUGGAAGGAGUUGCUCAUUUCAUGAACCAGGAAAUACCAGAUGAAGUUAAUGAACACAUUUAUAAUUUCUUCCAGAAGUUCUAAUAUGUUAAGUUUUGGUUUUUCUUUCCUUUAUGGUGUUCCACUCCAGUAAAUCUACAUAAAUUCAGCUUCUGAAUAGACCUAU